AUGUCUUCGUUACGGCAAAGCCCACUUCCCACGCUGCAAGCCCUCUCAACCUCCUUCACCAACCUGAACGCAGUCUUGCAACCUCUCCUUGCGCACAACUACGAACAGCUCAACUCCGCACUGCAGGCCAACAGCUCCAACACGGACCAGAAUGCAGAAGACGAGCUGCACGGCCGCCUCGAUGCUGCGCGCAUGAAGGUCUCGGCGGCGUACGUUCUGAUGGACCUGGUGUGGAUCUUGCUGAAGACAAAGGGCGUGGACCCAACGAACCAUCCGGUCAUGCAGGAGCUGGAGCGAGUCAAGAGCUACUUUGGCAAGAUCAAGCGCGUGCAGGAAAACGAAGGCGAGCCCGCGGGGGAGCAGGAGAAAAGUGCAAAGCUGGAUAGGAGUGCCGCGGGGAGGUUCAUUCGUGCGGCACUGGCGGGCGAGCCCGGGUCGACACCAGGGAAGCAUACCAAGUUUGACGACGAGAAGGAGAAGGCUACGCCGUCCAAGGCCAAGAAGGAGGUCAAGUCUACACCAACGGAGAAGACAGCCUCUCCAGCUCCGUCAAAGGCAGCAGCAUCAGCAUCAGCAUCAUCGACGCCAUCGAGCAAGAAGAAGCGCCCAGCAAUGGAUCCUUUCGAGGGAUACGACAAGCCAAAACCGACCAAGACUGCAGCAACAACGGCAGCAACAACAGAUAGCGCAUCCAGCUCGCCGUCCAAGAAGCAAAAGAAGAGCAAGAAGCCUUCAAAAUGA